AUGGGACAAUUAUCUCAGGUGCACCAUGAGCAUUCUGCAGCUUCAUUCAAGCAUGCAGAGGAGACUUCACCUCUCAGUGCAGAUAUUGUCUCCCAAUAUGCAUGUCAAAGGAGGACAACUUUAAACAAUUACAACAAAAAAUUCACGGAUGCCUUUGAAAUACUGGCUGAAAACGAUGAGUUCAGAGAGAAUGAGGGCCCUUGCCUUUCAUUUAGGAGAGCAGCUUCUGUGUUGAAGUUUCUUCAGUUUGCUAUAGCUAGAAUAAACGAUAUUGAAGGACUGCCUUGGAUGGGAGAACAAGUCAAAAAGGUCAUUGAGGAUAUACUAGAAGAAGGCGAGAGUGCUAGAGUGAAAGCUGUCCUAAACAGUGAAUACUACAGAUCAUUUAAGCUCUUCACCUCUGUUUUUGGAGUGGGACUAAAGACAUCUGGAAAGUGGUUCAGGAUGGGUUUGCGGACUCUGGAAGAUGUGAAGUGUGACAAGAAUGUGCAAUUUACGAGAAUGCAAAAAGCAGGGUUACUACAUUAUGAAGAUCUUAUUAGCUGUGUUUUGAAGGCAGAAGCAGAUUUGAUAUACCUGAUUGUUAAGGACACCGUAUGGAAAUUUUGCCCCGGUGCUUUAGUUACUUUGACUGGUGGUUUCCGAAGAGGCAAGAAGGUGGGCCACGAUGUUGACUUUCUCAUUACUGUGCCAGGAUCAAGACCAGAAGAAGAAUUGUUGCAUCUAGUGAUUGACUACUGGAAAAAGCAGGGAUUGCUCUUAUACUAUGAGCUUAUUGAAUCAACAUUUGAAAAGACAAAGCUGCCAAGCCAAAAAGUUGAUGCUUUUGAUCAUUUUCAGAAAUGCUUUGCUAUUUUAAAAUUGCACAAGGAAAGAAUGGAUGAGGGCACUACACUUACCUCCAUGGCUUGUGCUAUGAAAGAAAUGAAAGACUGGAAAGCAAUUCGGGUUGAUCUGGUUGUAAGCCCUUCUGAACAACAUGCAUUUGCUCUGUUGGGAUGGACAGGAUCAAGGCAAUUUGAACGUGAUCUACGGAGAUAUGCCACCCAUGAAAAGAAAAUGAGGCUGGAUAAUCAUGCUUUAUAUGAUAAAACGAAGAACAUUUUUCUCAGCGCUGCAAGUGAAGAAGAAAUUUUUGCCCACCUUGGCUUGGAUUACCUUGAACCAUGGGAAAGAAAUGCAUAGAGAGACUUGCUAAUAUGAUUUUAUGAAUUUUCAUCUUUUUUCUUUAAAAAAAUCUCCUUUAUUAUUGACUUACAUUUCCAGAAAAGGUGACCUCAGUUAUUUAGGAAGGCAAAUGUUAAAUAUACAUAGAUAUUCACUGUAGGUGUGAGUUUUCUCUGAAUAGUUCAGGAAGGAGGAUUAAUUUAAUUCAUCUGAACUGUUAUAUUUGGUAAUCAAAACAGAUUUUUCCAUUGCCCUGGCUUUAUGCUACUGAGUCAAGAGCUUUCCAAGCUUCCUGUCUCAACCACUAUUGUUGUUUGUUUUCAUUCAUAGAAUAAUAGAGUCUUAGAGUUGAAAGGGACCACAAGGGCCAUCUA